GCGCCUUUUGGUUGUUUAAAUGUCGUAGGAAGUUCUAAUUACUCUUAAUAGGUCUGUUUUUUCCCCUCCAGAGCAGAGUACUCAGACAAGCAGACACUUCCGAACAUCUUUGCCACAAGCACCACAUCAAGCUUGUGUACAAUGGAAAUCAAAGUGUCCGUGGACGGUCUGCCACGUUUGGUUUGCGGAGUGACAGAUGAGACAACAUGCCAAGAAGUGGUCACAGUGUUGGCUCAAGCCCUGGGCCAGCCUGGACGUUACAUGUUACGCGAGACGUUCAAAGACUUCGAGAGGUGCAUGGCGCCAGCUGAGCGGCCUCUGGAGAUGCUAAAGAAGUACGGUGAGCACGCCAAGGACGUCCAGCUCACUUUGCUCCACAGCGGCCCUUCAGUUUCCGACGAAAUGAGCAGGGCCAAAGUGGGCCGACACCAGCCUUGUCCGCCACUGCGGAGGAAAGAAACCGGCGCUAGAGGUUGGCCUCGCAGCGGGUCGCUGAAUCUGCAUCGCCAGAGCUUCCCGCUGUCCUGCUUGAGACGCGACACAGACCAGAACAACGAGCACCUGAAAAGACCCAAAAGAAAGUCGCUGACCUUCAUGGAGGAGGCUUGGGAGUGGCUGGAGAAUCUCGGCAAAACACAAGUUUAUAGUACAUCUCGCGAUCAGGAAAGUGGCAAGAAAAAGACGGAAAAAAAUCAACGAACUUUUCUGAGUGUCACACUUUCCGCCGCGAGGAAGAGUCCGCGGGAACAGAGUCAAAUCCGAGGUCACAGAAACUCAAAGUCCGACUUGGAUCAGACAUCUUGUUGCAUGGGAAGCCAGCAGAGGGUGAAAGAAAAUAAAAAGUCCAAAAAAACACAUGCAGAGAAACUCGACAGCUUCUCCAAAUCCAACAGUGAAGAUGAAAAUAAUCAUCUAAGAGAGACGAUCAUAUGCCAGCUCAGCUACCUUCAAAAGCUCCAGGUCCAGAUAGGGUGUGUGGACAAUGAAAUUUUAGAGCUGGAGGAAAGCGAGAGGACCAGGGAAGAGCAGAAGCUGAUUGAAGAAGAAACGGAGCAGAUCAGAUUCUGGGAGAACGAAUUAAAGGCAGAAGAAGAGUUUGAGAGAGAUUUGCAGAAUCAGUUUCAUGAUAUGAAAGCCAAGGUUGUGGAUUGCAAGGCCAAACUGGAAGACUACAAAAACGAAAUGCAAAAACUGGACUUCUAUGAAGCGCAAAUUGUUGACUCCAAAGGGGGCCGACGAGUUGCAGAUGAAAAUCGGACCAAAAACUCCAAAGGGCAGCUCUUUGAGACAGAACUAGAUGUAAAUAGUGACAGGAAGUGGACGCCCAGAAAUUUCAACCCCUCUCCUGCUUCAUUUCCCCCAAGUCAGAUAAAGGAGCGCCGGCCCACCGGGCCGGCCGAGCUCAGGGAGUGGUGGGCAUGCUGGUCUGCAGGCCAAAACUCCAAAUCAAACAAAAAGACGACUGAGAUACACCGCUCGGAGCUCACGAUUUAUUUAGGCAGUACCAAAGAUUAAUGAAGCAAAGGAAAAGUCAGUUUGAGUUAUUGGGCACUUAGUUGCUAUUUUGAUAUUUGUCAUGUAAAUGUUUAGGAAGCACCAAUGCCGUCAAACCAACAUUGCUUGCACUUACUCCGAUGUGAAAAGAGUUUUUGUCAUGACGACCUUAAAGUUACUGCUUACCAGUGUCCACACUUAAUCUAUUUCCGUAUUGUGCCAUGGGGGGUGGGGCGGGGGUCACGGGUGACUAAAGAAAUGCCCCUUUCCAAUGAUGCCCAAAGUGCCCCCAGUGUCCUAAAAAGCAAGUGUUUAGUAUUCUGAGGUCAAGCGCCUGCAAGAUACUGUCAGGUUUUUGAGAGUCUUUGUAUCUUAUUCCUGGCCUAAAACAAAAUCAAAUGUGACUAUGAUAUCUCCCUCCAUUGUCUUUAGUGUUGACCUUUACCCCCCCCCCCCUCCCCCCCCCAUUUCCAUGAAAGGAGCCCUUUUGCUGAGACAAAUGUUCAGUAGCGUGCAAUAAAUUUUUGUUGAAUGGACAUAAAUUUGAAUUUUGUGUACAUUGUUAUAUUGUUUUUACAAUUUUAAAAGUUCAAUGUGGUCCUUUCUUAACUUUGAGCACCUGCCCCCCCAAACGGCUUUGCAUGUCCCUGGUACAGAAUCAGUUUGAAAUUUUUUUAAUCCUUUUUGGAAUGUGAGAGGAAACCGGAGUACCCGGAGAAAACCCACGCAGGCAUGGGUUGAACAUUGAAACUCCACACAGGAAGGCUCAAGCCGGAAUUGAACCCUGCACCGUGAUGUCAGAGUGCUAACUAGUUGCUACUAGUUUGGAAAAAAUGUUUUGUAUAUCACAAGGGGACCUUACAAAAAAGUUACUAUAUUAUCGUCCGAUCUUUCAAGUGCCAGGCAGGUCGACUAUGCGAUGUCAUUGAUGGAAGUUAAAAAAUAAAAAAAAAAUACCACCACUUGAUUUUCAUAAAACUUUAAUUUGCUUAUUCAUUCAAGACCAUUAACGUACAUAGGAACCUCUGUACGCGGUUCAACUGAAACCCAGUGAUCUCUGCAGACUGAUCCUGAUUCUGUUGUUUUUUUUUCCUUUUUUGUUUUUAGACGUAGUUUCUAAUACUUUACUCCCCCCCCCCCCCCAUAAAUUUGUUCUCUUAUAUAUGAAGUCUGAUUUUAACUAAGGGAAAAAAAGCACACAUUACAUACAGUAUUGUUUAACCCAGAGGUUUGGGAUGCAUAUCAUUAUCUCUACUUAACAAGAAAGCCAUUCUAAGAUUGUUCUUUAUAUCGGUGGCUGGCUGGGAAACAAACAAACCUUUUAAAGCCCCACUACCCCCUCUUUAUUUUGCUUGUAGGUUUUUUUAGGCACCUUGUUUCUCAUAGAAGAAUGAGUUUCGAUGGAAAAAGCAACAUGUGCAAAUAAUAAUACUUAAAAAAAAAAAAAGAA